ACGAAAUUCUUUUCUCUCGUUGUUGCGUUUAAAAUGAUCAUACAAAUUAAUAGACUAGUGUGCAUGGCACAGUACAGUAAAGUAGCUAAUUUCUUGUAGAACGAAUCGCGAGUCGUAUCUCACUGUGUGUCAAGGUCAACAACAACAAUAAAAGAAAAUUAUGGAAACUAAUGAUGUUAAAACAUUUCAUCAGUGCAUUGUAUGUGAUGAGAUUUUUCAACAAUAUGAUGAUUUAGAAAAACACAAUAAAAUUCAUGUAAAAGAAGAGAAAACUGAUGAUAUUGCCUUAGAUAGAGAUUACCAAGUUCAUUUUGAAGGAGAAGACACAAACUUGACAAAAUGUUAUAUAUGUAAUUUGUGUGACCAAAAAUUUAAAUCUUAUAAUGAUUUAGAAGAACAUUGUAAAAUACAUGUUAAAGAUGACAAAAAUAAUGAUGAUAUUGAUAGCAAUGAAGAUGCACAAACUGAACCUCAAACAUGUGAAAAACCAUACAAAUGUGAUGAUUGUAAUGAAAUAUUUAAAUCUUACGCUGAUUUAGAGGAACAUUGUAAAACACAUGUUAAAGUUGACAAAACAAACUGUGAUAGUAAUGUACAUGUAGGAUCACAAAUUGAACCUCAACCAGGAGGAAAAACAUAUAAAUGUGAUGUUUGUGAUAAAUUAUUUAAAUCAUAUCUUAAUCUACAGACCCACAUGACAAUUCAUACCGGACAAAAACCCUUUAAAUGUGAUCUUUGUGAGAAGACAUUUACAGUAAAACAAGGUCUAGAAAUGCACAUCAGAAUUCAUACUGGGGCAAAACCUUACAAAUGUGAUGUUUGUGGUAGAUUAUUCACUCAGAAUAGCAGCCUACACAAACACAUGAAGAUACAUACAUGUACUGGAGAGACUCCUCAUAAAUGUGAUGUUUGUGGUAAGUCAUUUACUCUGCGUGGCACUCUAAGGACACACAAGAAGAUACAUAGCGGGGAGAAGCCUUUUAAAUGUGAUGUUUGUGGUAAAACGUUUACCCUAAAUGGAACUUUGACAAUACACAAGAAGACACACACAGAAGAAAGGUGUUACAAAUGUGAUAUUUGUAGUAAAUCAUUUAGAUCUAGUUUCAAUUUACGGACCCACAUCAAAACUCAUACAGGAGAAAAACCACAUGAAUGUGAUGUUUGUGGUAAAUCAUUUACUGUGAAGCACAGUUUGCAAGCCCACAUGACACUUCAUACUGGAGAGAAGCCAUUUAAAUGUGAUGUCUGUGAUAAAUCAUUUAAUGAAAGGCGUCAUCUAAUUGAUCAUGGAAGAAUUCAUACUGGAGAUAAACCCUAUGAAUGUGGUGUUUGUGGUAAAUCAUUUAUUCGUACUUGUUAUCUGAAAAGACACAUGAAAACACAUACUGGAGGAAGACCUUAUGAAUGCGAUGUUUGUGGAAAAUCAUUCAGUUCUAUGUCUAGUCUACCUAGACACAUGAAAAUCCACACCGGAACAAAACCAUAUAAAUGUGAGGUCUGUGGUUAUUCGUGUAAUCAUAGCAGUUAUCUACAGACACACAUGACAAUUCAUACAGGAGAGAAGCCAUAUAAAUGUGAUGUUUGUGGUAAAUCAUUCAGACGAAAAAAUACUUUACAGAUUCAUAUCAGAACUCACACUGAAGACAAACCAUAUAAAUGUGGCCUAUGUGGUCAGUUAUUUUUUCAGAAUAGCAAUCUACAGAAACACUUAAGAACACAUACUGGUGAAAAACCAUAUAAAUGUGAUAUUUGUGGCAAAUCGUUUACUUCUGUCUCUUAUCUACCGAUCCACAUGAAAAUCCACACAGGAGAGAAGCCACAUAAAUGUGAUGUUUGUAGUAAGUCAUUUACCGAUGGCUCUGCAUUAAGGGUCCACAUGAAAACCCAUACCAAAGACAAAGAACGUGAUUGUUUUGAUUGUGGUAUUUGUAAUAAAUCAUUUCGUCAUGUUAAUUCUCUAUCCCAACACAUGUUGAAGCAUGCUACACAACAAACUACAGAAAACAAACCAUUUAAAUGUGAUGUUUGUGGUAAAUCAUUUAAUUUGGAAAGUAAUCUCAAAGCACACAGCAGAAUUCACACUGGUGAAAAAGCUUAUAAAUGUGAUGUUUGUAGUGAAUCAUUCAAUAGACACAGUGAAUUAAAGACCCACAUGGCCAGCCAUCCAGAAGAUGCUGUCUCAAAAGACAACUUCACUUGUGCAUGCAAAUGUGAUAUUUGUGCUGAAUCAUUUACUAGCAUAGCUGAUUUAUAUAAUCACAUGAAAAUACAUUGUACAACUUGAAAGACUCAUUGUUUACUACAUAUAGGAUACAUGUAUAUUCUAGUAUAUUUACUAGGAAGCCACAAUACUGACAUACAGAAAAAACUAUUGUUAUUUAAUGAACAUGGUGGGGGGGGGUCUAGUGGUUUAACGCGUGCACAUGAAGUCACAAGGUCUGUCAUGUGGCACAGCUUCGAUUCUCGACUUCUACGUGGCAAGAAGUAGGGUCACCUGUCCAAUCCGAGCAACCUCGUUGGUUUUCUCCGGGUCCUCCGGUUUCUUCCCAUCGCUAAAAAACCCUUCAUGUUCGUUCGUUCAUGGAGUUACUGAAAUAAAAUUGAACCAUAUGCUAGUUCCUAAUAAAGCUACUUUGUGUCAAGUUGAUACUAAACGCCAUUUCUCUCUCUUUUAAUGAACAUCCUUGAUCUAUAAUUUAUGGUGGGGUGGGGCAUGUGGUCUAAAACUGUAUAUUACAUCAAGGCAUAUCAUCUAUAUGUUAGUCAUGGGUUUGAUUCCAGGCUUGUAGUUUAGAGGUUCAAAUGGGUGAUCUAAGUAACUUCUCAGUUACAUCGUUUGUGUGCUGUUGCAUCGUCCUGUUUUAAGCCCGUCACCUGCCUAACCUUGGAUCUGUUAUGUGUAAUUGAUUUAUAAAAAUUUGUAAUCUCCAGCCACUGGGAGCCAGAGACACAUUAAUAUUUAUGUGAUAUGACUCCUUUGUGCCCCUUGUGAUUUAAAUUGUUUUAACUGCGUUAAGUAAUUGAACUAGAGGAUCUUAGUCGAAAUGCCACUCAGUGAUAAGCAGUAAUUGUAUUCUAAAGAAUUGUGUCCUUGGUGAAGGUUUGCUUCAAAAUAUGUUAAUGUAGAAUAAAUAUGUUGGGCGCAAUAUUCACCGCUCGGACAGAUUGCUAUCAGCAUGGCUGCUUUGCACGAUCAUAUUUCUCUUUCUGUAUCGCCUUGCUCAUGAAAUGAAAUGAAAUGGGGUUUAACGUCCUACUGUUUUGCUCUGAACUGGGCUAAUGAAAACGGGCAUAUGCCAUUCAGUAUGCUAUGAUGGAAAUUUUGCUCGGACAGCGGCACUACGGCCUACUCUUAUAUCGAAUUUAAAUUGUCAAGGGAUCUUUUACAUGCAUGGCAAUGUGUACACGGGACCUCAGUUUUUCGUACCAUCCGAACGACUAGACAGUUGUCCUUGUCAGGCCCUCGCCCUGCAUCAAUGACAAGGGAGAACCAAGCCGGGAAAUCUGGAUGAACUUUCUAGGCCAAUGCAGGGAUCGAACACACGACCUCCAGGCUAGCGAACCAGUGUCUUAGCCACCGUGAGGCCCCCCUCCCCUCCCCUCUCUCGUAUUUGUACCAUUAAACUGACGGUCUAAAAAUUUAUCAAAAUCAAUUAAACUAAUGCAGUGAUCCAUGGUGAAUACCGAGUAGGAUUAGGCGGAUUAUCGGUGUCUGUAAAAUAGCUUUAUUUAAUGGCCGCUUCCAUCAAGGUGAUAUUGCCGACAAUUGCAUUAUUAUGUGAUAUUUAUUUACAUGUGUGAUGAAGGGAUAUAAAAGAUUGGUAAAAAUUAUAUCUAUGUAAAAGACAAGAAAGGGCAUCAUGGUAAUCCAUUAAAUACCAUGGGCAGGCUUCAAUCCAUGUGCACAGAUUAGUUAACGGAAAUUAAUCAGAUAUUCAAGCAAGUAUUUAUUGCACAUGCUCUCCAGAUAAGAAUAUGGCGUCACCGUUUGACAUGACUUGUGGAAUACGUCUAACCUCAUUCUUCGAGUCCCUUGUUCCAAGUGGCGCUGAAACGCAUUAUGGUACACGAUUCGUGUACCAAUUUUAAAAUGUUUAUUUUGUCUGAAAUAUCGGAUAUCAGAAGCCCAUCAUUUCCCAGUAAGAUCACAAUAUCAAUGUUGAUUUAAAUUGACAAAUAAUUCCUGUUUUCAAUGUCGAAGACUUUGGAUAAUAAUGAGUUAGAGACUUAGCUACUUUAACAUAUAUAUAGGUCUACAAAAAAUAUAUUCUGGUUGUCAGACAGUCCUUACCAAAAAUCUUAUUUUUGUGUUUUUAUUUUGUCAAAGAAUUACUACUUGGCUGAAUGACUUCUAUAAAGAUCAAAUUGUUGUUUAUAGGAAUGUAUGAUUAUCCAGUAGCAUUUAUAAUUGUCAUUAACAUUUAUCAGGGUAGUGUACUUGAUAAAUGAACGCAUGGAGUCAUUCAAUUUUUUUUAUAGAUUUACUUCCUGUAAGCAGAAUAAAAUAUGUAUGUGCAGUAACUAAUGAGCCUGUUUUUAUUUUUUUGAAGUGA